AUGAGUAUAUUAAGAGGGCACAAAUUACCUAAAUCUUCGAAGAUAUUACUCAGUUUAUUAACCAGUAUAUCUGGAUUAUUGUUAGUUCUCAAGUAUGAAAGUUAUAGAAGUCUUUUGGCUGCCACAAAUGAACCUAUUAAAUUCCAUGAUGUUAGAAUCCCAUUUAUUCAAUUGAUUCCUCGUUCAACCAUUUUCAAUCCAUGGGUGUUAGUACUGGCUAUUUUUGCUGAGAUCAGUAUUUUCACUUUUAUUUUAUCUGCUACUAUUUUGUACGUGGGUAGUAAAUUUACCGAAAGAUUCUGGGGUUAUUUGGAAGUAAUUAAAUUUAUUCUUAUAAUUGGAACAAUUACCAAUUUAUUCACCAUUGUUCUUGCAAUCAUUUCAAAUAUUAUUAGAGAAGAUGCCAAAAAUAUGGAUCAACCAUUAGGUGGAGGCAUUUCAUAUUAUUUUGCCUUUCUUGUUGUUUUUAAGCAAUUGAUUCCUGAACAUAAUAUUGUUUUAUUUCAAGGAUUGGUUAAUUUUAGAGUUAAACAUGUUCCAUUUGCCCUUUUGAUUAUUUUCACACUUUGGUCAAUUUUUAUCUCAAAGUCAAUGUACCCAGCCGUUCCUUCUAUUGGAAGUUUCUUUGUUUCCUUUUUUUAUUUAAGAUUUUUCCAAUCUUUGAGUACAGAACCAAACUUGCCACUUUCAAGUAAUGAUGCAUCCAAUAGCUCGGUUAUCACGGGUGAUGCUUCUGAUACUUUCCAAUUGAUUGAGUUCUUCCCAAAUGUUACCAAACCAAUAUUGACCCCUGUUUUCAACCAAGUUUAUGAAGUCAGUGUCUUGUUGGGAAUUAUUACUCCAUUCAAUGAUGAAUCUGUUGAACAAAGUAAUUUGAGAGCUCAAAAGAGACAAGAACAAGUGAACCAGAAUCAUAAGAACGUUGCCAAUUCUGUAGCUGAAAGAAGAAGACAAGUGGCCUUACAGGUUAUUGAAGAUAGAAUUAACAAAGAAACUGCAGCCGCGGCGGCGGCAGCAGCAUCUAGUGAAAAUAGCAAAUAG